GUACAUGAAUAUGAAAUAGUAGUUGUACGUGUAUUAAACUGUAUUUAUUGAAACAAAUAAACUUGUGAUAAAUUUAAUCGUCUAUGAACAAUCAGUUCUAUGUGUAUUAUCACCUGUUCAAUUUUAAUAAUGAUACCAUUUUAUAAGUUUUAAUUCAUUAUUCCAAUUUGAAUGAAAAUAAUGAUAAUGAUAAUAUUGACAACAAGAAAAAUACAAAAAAUUAAUGAUAUCUAUUCCUGAAAUUCUGAAUAUUUUAAAGUCCUGAAUUGUUUAAUUCACAUAUGAACUAAAAUGUAAUUAUGAGUUGUGCAAAAAUUGGUAUACAAGAAUACAUUCUAACAAAAUCUUAUACACCAAUGAAUAAAAUUUCAACAGAUGUCGAUAGUUCAUGUACAAAAAUUAUUCCUGAUAUAUCAGAAAACAGAAAAAGGGAAAAGGUGAUAGAUAUGAAACUUCUACCAGAAUUCAAUGAAAAAGAUGUUGAAUCAGAUUAUAUCAAUACAAAUAAUCCCAAUUUGUUUCAGUGCAAGUGUACUCAAUCACCAUGUAGAUGUUAUUUAAAUAAAGUGGGAACUUCAAUGGACAAUGUAUCUCCAAAAGAUUUAGAUUCAAGCCUUGAUGACUCGAGAAAUAAAGAUAAUUUCACUUCAAUUACUUUAGCGGAUUAUUUCGAUGCAUUAACAAAACAACCAAAAUCAUUUCGUGGAACGUCUUACAGCCUAUUACCACGUGAAAUUAUCAGUCAUUAUCAAAUGCCCAGGAAUCAAUCACAUUUAUCAACAUCUUCUAUAUCUACAUCAUUGAAGCAACAAUUUGACGCUGAUCACAAUAAUAAAUCAGCCAAUGAACAAAUAAAUAAUAAUAAUAAUAAUAAUAAUAAUAAUAAUAAUAGGAUUUCAAAUUACAGUAGUAGUACCAGUAACAAUGAUACUAAUGAACCAUCAUUUCCAGUGGAUUACUUUAACUAUCUAAAGAAGAGACGUGAGUUUCUUACUGAUCGAUUGUUAAGUCGAUAUACUGAAUUAAUAAAUUUAUUAAAUGAAGAAUUGGGAUACCAAAAACAUAUGCGUCACAACAUAAACAUGAAGUUGUAAAAAGAUGGCGAAGUGAAGGUGAGUAUGAUAAAAAAAAGAACAAAAUGGGGCAGAAGUUAGUGUAUGAAAGUGAAAGAACAGUAAUAGUGGUCGAAUCAGUUCAGUUAAGAAAAAUACAAUCAAAAAGAAUUUUUUCAGUUAAAGAAGUUACUCUCACUUAUAAAGAAAGUAAACGAAGGUUACAGAGAGAUCACCACGGGUUUAUACUUUGAGUUAUGUCUGGUAACGUCUCAAGACACUGUGUGACACCAUCUCUAAGACUUCAACCACAGAAUUGUGAACGACCAACAGAGGUCAGUUCUGUACAGCUUACCGUCAUACAAACACAUCAUAUCAUACACUGACCAACUCUCCGCUUUUCCAACCAGUUCUAGCGUCUGUAAAUAAAGCACGAUGUGGAAUUCUCUGGAACGACAUUCGUAUUAUAUGUACAACACACCGAAGUCGGUGUUUUGAAACGGUGUCACCGAAUGAAUUAUUAUCGCUUUGGCCGAACACAUCUUGUCGAACCACUGGAUUAGUAACAUAGUAUUGUAAUUUAAUGUCAGCAAUCCUUUCGAGACAACGAUGAUCAAACACAGAGAGUUGUCUGAUAUUCUCAACUAGGAGAGCAUGGAGCGAAACUACUCUCAUCGAUGCGUUGUAGAUCUGACCGUUUUCAACCGGAGUAACAUCACGAAGGAGCCAAAGAUAGCCCAGAUUGACAUAAGCCAUUCUGGCUUUCACUAUGCAUGAAUUGAUCUCAUCACACACGCCACCAUCAACACUUAAACAGCUACUCAGAUACACGGACUCUUCAACUACUCCCAUCUUCUGGCUACUACGAGUGAGUGGAAGCACAAGAUCUUUCCAGUCUUAUAAAAUUAGUUUUUACUUAGAAGGUGCAAAGCACAUGUCAUACCUACGGACAGUAAUUGUCAACUGUUUGAAUGGGUAUUGCAUGGCUUGUGUAUCAUCGCGCAGGAAACUAAAUUAUGCUCACUUCAAUCUCGUUGUAAUCUGACAGACUUUUAUUUUAGCAAGACGGAAAUAUUAAAAUAUAAUGAUUUUAUGUAAUAUACCUAAUCUACCACAAAUGUUUCAUGUAAGAAAAGAUUGACUAAUUUUGUGAGGCGCUUAUAAUUUCCACCUGAGGUAUUCCGUUCAAAUAUCAACCCUAUCAUGACCACGCCCUCAGAAUACAUGAUAUUAAUACUUUUCAACAUACCUAGAGUUGACUGGAUAUCCACCAGCAAAUUAUUUACAGCAUACACAUGCUUAUUAUGAAGCAUUGGAAGCAUUCAAAAAAAUACAUGGGGAUGAUUUAUCCGAUCAGAUUUAUGAUAUGAUCACGAAUAAUGAUUCGGGUUUGCGGCUAAAAAAUAAAGGUAAAUAGAAGAAUUAAUAAUUUUUUGUCAUCGUAGCCACUCUCCCUCCCUCUCUCUCCCUGUAUAUACAUAUUGUUUGAAGUUAACUGACAUCGGUACUGAUUAUCAAUAAAUUUUAGACAGAUACAGACACAUUCAUACUAGAUGAAAUAAACUUUAUGAAUCUUACCUAUCGUCAGUUAUAAUGUUGUCGACUGACUAAAACCUCCGUGAAUUUAUCUAGAAGCUAACUACAAGUAGAUAUAUUGUUAUUGUUUGAUAAGCCUUUUUCUGAUGACAAUAGUUUGUUUGGAUGGCUAUUAUCAUGGACAACGGUUCAAUAUACCCUAGUUUUCACCGAAUGUCCAGCUGAUAUCAUCUUCACUACUGAACUACUCUCACAACAAUCCAUUUAGUCAAACAUUAAGUCGUUCUAUAACAAUACUAAAAUAGUAAUACUAUAUUUUUCGUAUCUCAUGAGUAGAAAACUGGAUUUCUAAAAUUUGACACGGUUCAGUUAAAGUAACUGCAAAAAUGAUUUAACAUGUCUAUCUUGCUAUCAUAAUCGUUAAUGAAUGCACCCAAUGUUGAUGGCGUUUUUACUUAUUUAUGUAUAUUCAUAUAUUGAAAAGUACAAAAAACAAUGGGAGUAAAGCAUACCAUUUUAUUUAUUCACUACAUAACACGUGAUCGACAAAAUUGAUUGUUUAUAUUGGUCGUUAUCCACUACAGUCAAUUUAUAACAAUGUAAGAUAUAGAGGUUCGUUUCUUUUCAUGAAGGGGUAUCAUGAAGUAAAUAAAAGUACGUAAAACAUUCUGAUCAUAUGAUUGCCCUUCAUAUUUUCUACGAAAAUAACUUUUAUUGUUCAUAAAACGAAUAAUGUCAAACUUUUUAAUAUGCCAAAAAUGGUCUAUUAUAUAAGAAUAUGCUUGUUGGUGAACUGUGAUUCUAAUCAAAAUGAACACAUUAGUGACAGAGAAAUGAGAUAACUGCAAAGUAAUUGUGAUUAUGAACUGAUAUCAUCUGUAUAGACUUCGGAAAUCAGGGUAGAAUAUAAAGUUGAUCCGUUCUGAUUUCAACGUUUGAGGACGAUGAACCCAUAACUCCAUAUAGGAUCUUAUUCGGAACAGUCACAUUCGACGAUCACAUAAAGUAACCAACGGUGUCUAUUUUGGUCAGUUUCCCCUUAUACUUUCGUAAAUAAAUAGUGUAUUAUAUAUGUUAGUCAUGUAUCUUGAUGAUAAAUUGAAUGUUAAAAAAUGGUUAAAUAAUCUAGGAAACCGUUCGUCUAACAUAACCUUUUCAUGGAUUUUAGUUCAUUUACAGUAAUUGGAAUCUUUCCACCUGAGUAACAACAGUAUUGUCAUAACAUAAACAUCGGUUUGAAUGGAAGAAUAUAAUGCCUCAAUUAACGGACGUUUCUAUUACAUUCAUUUGCAAGAUAUAUCUUUCUGCUACAAUUAUAGACCUAUUCGAUCAAUUGUGAUAUAUCUAAAUUAUUUUACAUUACACAGUUUAAAAUAGGACUUCAGAACAUUUAAGGAAUUAAUAUAAUUCCUAUAUCAUCUGAGAUCACUACAAGACAUUUUAACCUAAGUUUCGUAAAAAAAUUAAUUUAUUUUGUUAGACCGUUCAACUAACUGAAGAUCCUUAAUCGGACAGGAUCUUUUCUUUUUCCUGUUAUAAUCAACGUCACCACACAUACUACUAAAUCUCGAUUAUUUAUGCAUCCAUUACAGUUUGUUAAUAGAUUGUAAAUUUUAUUGAGAUUUUCGGAAAUUCAAGUUUUUAUUGGGCUUGGAAACAUCAUUCGUUUAGACUAUUACAAAAUGACAACAUAAUAAAUGAAAUUAGGCAAAUUUAUCCUUAAGAAUCUAUCAUCAGUUUUCACGAUUAAUGGUAAAUGUAAUAAUCGCAAAUUGGUUUUAUUGGAUUCUAUCUUAGAUGACUUAUCAAAUUGUUCACAGAUAAUUUUUAACAUGAAAUGGUUUCAUUUGGAGGAUCUUGGAAACUGAGAGAUCAUUAGACAAUAAGUCAGUCCAUGUUUGUAACCAUUCAUGACUAUCCGCACUCUAUAGCAUAUAGGAUGGAACCUAGAACUUACAAACUUCGAGGGAGUCUCAAUACAAAUUGACCAUCUAGCGAAAAUCCAAUUGUUCAUAAUUUUCAGCUCCAUUCAGUUGAUGACACAGUAUGAUUCAUACUCAAUUUUGUCUAUGGAUUAGUCUUUUUUUUCCUUUUAAAAUAGAAUUUCGUAAAUCCGUCCAACUAAAUAUUAAACUAAAAGUAAAAUUUUGUUCAAUAUUCUAACCAGUAAGUGGCAUUUAUUAUGUUGAUAAAUAUAACUAUUCCAAAGAAAAUGGUUAUUGCUUCAUGAUAAUUAUGAACAUACCGAGUUUUGUGUUUCCUUUUUAAAACAUAACAAUAGGAUUAUUUAAGUUUUUUUUUAUUUUUUUUAUUGAACAAUUAUCGUAUUAAAGUGGCACAAAGUUAAAUAGCAUUUGUAACUUUGAUUAUAGAAGCCUUUCAUUAAAGAUAAAAAUCUUAGUUACUUUUAACAAGUCAUAAUUGUAAUAUUCAUAAAUCUUCUGACUGAAUGCUUGAACCAGUUUCCUCUUCUAAUAACCCCAGAAUAAAUCUACACGACAACUUGAACUCGAGAGAAAAGGCCCGAAAUUUGGUAAGAACGCUUAACACUAAGAUUAGCUUGUGUACAGAAAGUCGAGGGUAUUUAUAGUAUUUCAGAUGGCCUUGGGUCUCUGGAAGAUUCUGGAACCCUUCCGAAGAUAGUAACAGGGUAUGUAUUCAUCCAAUCGGGAAUGUGACACGUGACUCUUCAUUUUUAGGUAUUUUUGCGAAGCUUCUAUCGAAUGCUGAUUGGAUAAAAUGUUUCCCAGCGUUUUCAGGGCCCAUCUGGGCUUUUGUUGAGGAAUAUUCUGGAUCUACCCAACAAAUAUCUCAUUUACAUAAUGCGUUACUGAUAUAUUUUAAAACUAAAACUUUCAACUAACCGCACACAUUGGUCUUUCAAAACUGUGGUAAAAGGAAAUCUCCAACUGAAUUUCAGAAAGAAUACUAUUUCUACUUGACAGCGAUUAUCACUUUAUUUAAUACAUGUCUCAUUUCAGUACCUGGCCACUAUUUCUCUUCACCUCCAAAUGUCUACGAUCAGUCUCACUUCGAUAGUAUUUCUUUCAGCACAAAAUCUAUUUAAUGCAUAAAUCACUAUAAACAUUCAUAAUUUCUCCAAACGACAGACG